AUGGCUAUGGGUCGCGAACAGCUAUACGAUGGACAUAUCAAUAUGUACCCCCACACAGAACAGCAAUCUAAACGGAAAUCGGUAGUAUUCAACGGAAAAGGCGAGGUAGUGAAUGACGGGGGGUAUGCGCCGUACCCAGUAGAAGAGAUGCCGGUGCGGAUGGGGACCGGGUUUCUGCCUCCCCAGCGGCCUGCAUUGGAGAGCAGGACGGGUAGCAUGGACAGCGGCGUACUGAAGCCGUCCAUCUACCUGCAGCCGGGACAGCAUAAAAGCAGCCCGGGCUUGCCCACAGAAAACCGCCCCACCACAUGGUAUGCGUCGCCUACCAAGAGCAGCCUAGAUGGCGGGUCUCCGUCGUCGACGGCGUCACGGGAGCGUGCACACAAGGCAAGGAACAGACCCUUGCCGGAGUUCAGCAAGGAUGCGCUCUACUUUUACAAGAUAUUUGAGAAGACGAUAAGCGACUCCGGGACAUUCACACCGUCGGUGCAGAUGAAGUGGUGCGAGACAUUGUUGGAGUACGCAUUCAAGCCCGACUUCAUUGCACACUACAGCAUUAAUGCCGAGAAGCUGAAGCGUGAACUGACCCCUGAAGAACAGCAGAAAAACAAGACGACACUACUGGAGCACGCGCUAAAGGUGCUCAGUAAGCUGAUGAGGAUGAAGUAUGCCCCAGCAUUGUAUCUAAUGGGCACGCUAUACUCGCAACAGCCAUACCUGCGCGUUGAUCACGAUGGGAUUGUUUCCAAGAACGACCAAAAGGCUCUAGAGUACUACAAGUCCGCUGCCAAGCUAAAAAAUGCUGAUGGGUGCUACAGAGCUGGAGUGUCGUACGAAUAUAACCGAGGGAUGCCUGCAAAUAUCAGUCGCAGGGAUCGGCUUUUGACUGCGGUGUCCUUUUAUGAGAAGGGUGCUGCAUGCGCUGAUGCGUCUUCCGGACAGAGCAGUAGCAUGUAUAAGUUGGGUAUGUUCCAACUGAAUGGCCUGGUGGAUGAUGACACAGGUGAAAUUAUUGUUGAACAGGAUGUCAUUUCUGCUAUACGAUGGUUCGAGCGGGCUGCUGCACACGACAAGACCGUCUCUCCCCAGGCGUUAUACGAACUCGCAAAGAUCUAUGAAUUUGAUUGUUUGCAUCCACAGCUGCAGCAGGCUGUCAAGUUGCAGCACGUUCCACAAGAUACCCUAAAGGCUCUAGACCUUUACAUCAGAUGUGCCAUUAAAUUUAAUUAUCCGCUUGCUCAGUGGAAGCUGGGACACUGCUACGAGUACGCUGAAUUACACUUGCCGUAUAGCCCUGAGAAAUCCAUCGUGUGGUACUUGAAGGCUGCAAACGCAGCACCAAAGGGAAAUGCCAUGGCUAUGCUCGCUUUGAGUGGUUGGUACCUAACUGGUGUCAAGGGCGUGCUGGAACCCAACGCUUCAGAAUCUUACAAAUGGGCGUAUAAAGCAUCCAUUGCUUCCGAAGGCCGGCUACCGAAAGCGGAGUAUGCCUUGGGCUUCUAUACGGAGCACGCGGUCGGCUGUCAUCCCGACAUGCACAGGGCGAUGGACCAUUAUAGACGUGCAGCAGAACUAGGCCAUCAAAAAGCUGUGGAACGUUUAAGUAAUAUCUAA